AUGUACCAGGCGUCUCUGAAGCCACUCCCGCCAAACAAGCCACUGCCAGAUGAGACCGGCUUCCAGAACUACUUUUCGCCUCCCCCGGUGGGCCAAAACUACUACAUGCCCAACUACUACUUCUACCCUCAAGCAUACCCUCAACCACCUCCUGUUUACACCCUGCCUCCUCUGCCACCUGCCCCUAUUUACGCACCUGCUUCUCUCGAAGAGCUCGAGGCCUUUCCCGUCAAUGCUCCUCCCAACAGCAUCGACAGUAGACGUCCAGGACCUCAUCCACCCGACAAACCUUUGCCAGAUGAGAGUGGAUUCGCGGACUACCUUUCACCUCCUCCCCCGGUGAGUCCGUACGGCCUGUCCUACUACAGGCCCCUUCCACCGACGCGGGGCUACUACGGGCCUCCACCGAUGCAGACCUACCCUGCACCGAUGCAUGGCUACUACGCCCCUUCCUACUAUCCUCCUCCCCCUCCUCCGGUGAUGCCCCGUCCUCCCCUGAUUCAACCCUACAAUCGUCCUUUCUUGGGGCGCUACCGUGUGGUCCAUGCGCCAACUUACGGCCAGCAAGAGCAGCCGUUUGUGAGCACAUUUUUGUAUGGUGCGCUGGUGAUCGUCAGCGUGGUGCUCUUCACCCUGUUGAUUGCAACUGUUUUCGCGGUGACAGGGUCAUAUGGAAGUCUGAAAUACUAG